UAAUCUUCGCCUUCCGCUAGAUCUCCGGACUUUGUUUCUUUUUGUUGUUGUAAGAACGCAGUUUUUUGCGUUUGUGUUCAAUUUUCUGUCGGGUGGUUGAUCACUGUUGAUGGCUUCCGAAUCAGUGGAACUCAAUAAUAGGGCGAUUUCGCUGCCGAAUUUGAUGAAGUACACAUUCGGGACGAAGGAUGCGAUUCCUGAAAGGGACAAAUCCAUUACUGAGAGGUUCAGUCGUCUUCGUCGUGAGUUUCCCGUGAUGGGAAUGCGGAGAACUGUCGAAGCCAUAAUUUUGACGCAUCAGCACAAGAUGCCGCAUAUCUUAUUGCUGAAAAUCGGAGCUACGUAUUUCAAACUGCCCGGUGGAACCCUGGAACCCGGCGAAGGCGACUCGGAAGGCCUCCACCGAAUAUUGACUACAUUAUUUGGCGAACCCUUCAUCGCGGACGACGGGCAGCACAUUUUUGCGCCGUUUCCGUGCGAAAUCCGCGAAGUAGUGGCCAACUGGUGGCGUCCGCAUUUUGAACCCACGCAGUAUCCGUAUUUGCCGAGUCAUAUCACUCGACCAAAGGAGCACCGAAGGAUGAUCCUGGUCGAAUUGCCGCCUGAAGGAUGUUUUCACGUGCCUGGGAAUUAUAACUUGUUGGCUGCUCCGUUGUUUGAACUGUUUGAGAAUACCCCGGGCUACGGACCUGUGAUCGCUUCCUUGCCGUUGUCCCUGUCGAAAGUGGGGAAGAUUUUGCAAUCCAUCUUACCAAUAUUGUCGAACCGAGAUCACAAGGGAACCUGUGGGAAGAUCGGCGUUGUCGGAGGAAGUCUGGAAUACACUGGAGCGCCAUAUUUUGCAGCCAUGACGAGUUUGAGACUGGGAGCAGAUCUCGCGCAUGUUUUCUGCAGACCAGAAGCUGCUGUGGUCAUCAAGAGCUACAGUCCAGAGCUCAUAGUUCAUCCAAUUUUGUGCACUCCUGGUUGUGAAGCAAAGUUCGAUGAGUGGCUUUCGAGACUGAAUGCAAUAGUUGUCGGUCCUGGGCUCGGAAGGGAUGCAGAUCUGGAUGAAUUGUUCCCGAAGAUCCUGACGAGUGUUGUGAAGAAGGAAUUAUUGCUGGUGGUUGACGGGGAUGGGCUGUUUCUCUUGCAGAAGCAUUUGGAUCUGGUGAAAGGGUAUGGGAAAUGCAUGCUGACGCCGAAUGCGAUGGAAUUUCAACGAUUGGAGAAAGCAGUGGGGUUUUCGCCGACUUCUUUCGAUGCCCCGGACACCGAGCUUCAAACGAGUGUUGCUCGAUUAGCGAGUCAUCUCGGUUCGCUGACAGUUGUUCGGAAAGGACGUUCAGAUAUAAUUUCCAACGGUGUCGUUACUUUCGAUUGUUCCUUGCCUGGAAGCCCGAGGCGUUGUGGUGGACAAGGCGAUUUGCUCAGCGGUUCCGUGGCAACGCUGGCAUUCUGGGCCUCUGAAAAAUGUGUGGAAAACGGAGGGAUGUUGGCAUGUUUGGCAGCGUGCUCGCUCAUUCGUUCGUGUGCCGAAAUCAGUUUUGAGAAAUUCGGUCGUGGUCUCGUUGCCUCUGAUAUGAUCCCUGUGAUACAAGUUGCUCUGAAACAUUUGCUGGAACAGAAGUGAAAAAGUUCCAAGUGUGGGAAAUGGAAAGCUUUUCUGUGAACAGUGCAAUUUGCCGAGUGGUUAUGGCUUCUUUUCGCCUUUUAUCCUCUUUAUCCGUUCGGAACCAGUGGUUCGACGUAUGCGCUUGUCCGCCGAUUUGAGUUUUGGCAGUAGCCGAAACACUCUUGUGGGUCUAGCGAGGUUGCUGAGGAUUGAAUCCAAUAUUUGAACUGAAAGUGUGGUUGCGCAUUUACGCGGCCAUUUGUGAUGAUCAAAGUGGAUGCAUUCAAGAUUCCGCUCUGCAAUUUCCUUCCUCCAAGCGUAAUGAGGGUUGUCAGAAUUCCGUGCAUUG